CCCGGCCCGCGCCCGCCACGGCCCCGCCAUCUUUGUUGGGGGCAGCGGGGCAGCGUGCAGCGAUGCCGAAGUCGUGCGCGGCCCGGCAGUGCUGCAACCGCUACAGCAGCCGCAGGAAGCAGCUCACCUUCCACCGCUUCCCCUUCAGCCGGCCCGAGCUGCUGCGCCAGUGGGUCCGCAACAUGGGCCGCGGCAACUUCCAGCCCAAGCAGCACACGGUGCUCUGCUCCGAGCACUUCCGGCCCGAGUGCUUCAGCGCCUUCGGCAACCGCAAGAACCUCAAGCACAACGCCGUGCCCACCGAGUUCGCCUCCCCGCACCCCCCGCAGCUGGCCUUGGACAGCAGGGACGGCACCAGCGAGGGCGGAAAGCCCAGCUCUGAGGACGGGCAGGUCCCGCCGUGCCCCGAGGCGGCCGAGCUCCCCACCCCAAGACAUGCCCACCCUGCACAGCCCUCGGACCACAGCUACGCCCUCCUGGACGCGGCCACCCUCAAGCAGAGGCUCUUCCGGGCGCUUCGGGACAACGAGCGGCUGCACCGGCGCCUGCGGGCCCAGAGGCUCCUGCUGUGGCGGCUGAGCCGCCGGCUCCGGGGCCGCCGUGGGGUUGGGGAGGGCCCGGGCGCGGGGCCUAAUAAAAGAAAGGUUUAUUGGGUACAGUCCUUCCGAGUGGGCCCCCGCGGACACGCGUGUCCAGCCGCCUGA